AGGAAUGAAAAGUUAGUGAGUCAUCAUGAAUCGGGCAAACGAGAGCUCCUCAAAAGAGUUCAUACUACUUGGCUUCUCAGACAAGCCCUGGCUACAAACGCCCCUUUUGGUGCUCCUAUUAACAUCAUACGCAACCACCAUCUUUGGCAAUGUGUCCAUCAUGAUGGUGUGCAUUCUGGAUCCCAAGCUUCACACUCCCAUGUAUUUCUUUCUCACAAACCUCUCCAUAUUAGAUCUCUGUUACACCACGAGCACCGUCCCUCAUAUGUUGAAAAACAUUUGUCAGAACAAAAAGACCAUCAGUUAUGGUGGCUGUGUGGCCCAGCUCAUCAUCUUCCUGGCUCUGGGUGCUACGGAGUGUCUCCUCCUGGCUGUUAUGUCCUUUGACAGAUACGUGGCCAUUUGCAGACCCCUCCGCUACGUAGUCAUCAUGAACCCCUGGUUCUGCUUCAAGAUGAUAGCCUUCUCCUGGCUCACUGGCUUCAGCAACUCAGUGUUGCAGUCCUCCUUGACCCUUAACAUGCCUCGCUGUGGUCAUCAGGAAGUGGACCACUUUUUCUGUGAGGUUCCUGCCCUUCUCAAGCUGUCAUGUGCUGACACAAAGCCUAUUGUCUCCGAGCUCUUUUUCUUCAGUGUGUUAAUUCUGCUAAUUCCAGUGACAUUGAUCCUCAUCUCCUAUGGCUUCAUAGCUCAAGCAGUAUUGAGAAUCAGGUCAGCCGAAGGACGGCGAAAAGCUUUCGGAACGUGUGGGUCUCACAUGGUUGUGGUCUCUCUCUUUUUUGGAACAGGCAUUUACAUGUAUCUACAACCACCUUCUUCCACUUCUAAGGACUGGGGAAAGAUGGUUUCCCUUUUCUAUGGGAUAUUCACACCCAUGUUGAACCCUCUCAUCUAUAGCCUUAGAAAUAAAGAUAUGAAAGAGGCCUUCAAGAGGAUGAUGUCAAUAAUCUUUUUCUAUAAGAAAUGAGAAUUGCUCCACUGUCAUGAGACCCUUCUGAGUUUGUCCUUAUCCUUGAAAAUGUUAAUAAUGUUUGAUCUGAUUUUCCUGUUGUUCAUGCUCUUAUGA